GAUUGACAGAGAAUGGCCAAUCCUAGUGGAUAAUAGCAUGGUAAAAAACAUGUUUUUAAUAACGACAACCGGAAGAUCCCCUAGACACCUUUCGUUUUUAUCGUAACGGAAAGUGCAAUAAAAUACAAGCUUUUCGAUAAUAUGGAUUUUAAAGAUACUUAGGUGACAAAUCCUCCGAUCCAGGUUCGUCUCACUCUUGACUUGCCAGUGCCACAGUGUUAACGUUCCCCCUCCAGGGCACCACCCCCAUCCCUUAAAUGAGAAUGUCUCUGGCCCAAAGAGUCCUCCUGACCUGGAUCUUCUCCCUCAUCUUCCUCAUCAUGCUGGUCCUCAAACUGGAUUCCAAGAUCCCCUGGAACUGGUUCCUCAUCUUCCUCCCCGUAUGGAUUUUUGACACCAUCCUCAUCCUCAUGCUCGUGGUAAAGAUGGCGGGUCGGUGCAAGCCCGGCUAUGACCCGCGUGGAGGCCAGCAGAACCUGCGACGGAGGGUGUGGUACCUAGUGGCUAUGUUGCUGAAGCUGGGCUUCUGUCUGACGCUGUGCGCCCGGCUGGAGAGGCUGAUGGAAAUCUGGCUCAGUGUGGUGUGUGUCCCCCUCUGGGCCCUGCUGGUCGGGGCCAUGGUGGAGCUGGGCUACAGUGUCUUUCACUACCGCAGAGAGUGAGAGGAUGGAGAGGGAGAAAGAUGGAGAUUGAUUUUAUUUGCUCCGUCUAGGAUAUAAAGACUGCAAGUUAGUCUGUAGGGGAGAUGAAUGUGAGAUUGUUGUAAUCCACUGUAGGAGAAACUGAACUGAAGAAUAUGGAGAUGAAAACAUUUUCAUUUUCACUACAGCAAAGACUGAAAGAAUGGGGGGGAGAUGGAAAAGGGAAUUGAUUUAGUUUACUCCACUAGUACAGUAUGUAAAGACCACUACAAGAGAGACUACUACAAGAGCGAAUAGUGAUAUGGCAAUAUAUUUUAUGGGUUUAUGCUGCUUACAAAUGUAAUCUUUAUUUAACCCUAGUGAUACAGCAAGAAAUGUUGCAGCCAUGUUGGUCUUUGCCAUGAUGGACUCUGGAUGAGAAUUCAGGGUAUUCAUAAGCAGACUGGACCUCCUGACAGACUGACUGAUCUGUGCAUGUGCCUUUGUUACUCUCAGAUAACUGGGACCGUUAGGUCCAAUGGGUUUAUAUGUGAACAUUAAUUAUGUGUCUUUUGAAGUGGUAGGGAUCUGUUUUUCUGUGGAUACGGAGAAACACACACAAAAAUAAAUAUUUACAAUUCCUCAACUUUGUUGGAUUGGUG